AUGGCAGAUGAAGAUUUCAUCUACGCUUGUGUCCAUGCCGGCAUGGUUGGCGUCUUGAUCACGCCGCUCUUCAUCCUCUGGUCAGUCAGUCUUUGCCUGGCUCGUCGACGCAAGGACCCUGCCCGUACUGGCAUCACAUGGCUCAAGAUCGUAUAUCCUGUGGAGAUCUUAGCCCUGAUCCUGAUCACCGCCGGCGAUGCGAUCUAUGCUGCUCUCAUUGCCUACACCAACGGGUACAGCCGGCGCUACAACCGAAGCUACGUGUCGUCAAUGAGCAACGCGCAGUACCGCAUUGGCACUGUUGGUGUUCUCUUUGAGCGCGUCGCCAACGUCCUGCUUAUUAUCACCUUUGUUGAGCUCGGCAAUGGCUUCAUGUACAUCCUUAACUACAAGCGCACCGCCAUCCAGACUACCCUGCGCUAUGUCAGCUUCGUCGCCGCUGUCGUCCUAACUGCGCUCAACGUGGCCACGACGGCCCGCUUCAACGUCAUCUACGGCCAGUACCUCAACUCUAGCCGCUACACCGACUACAACCGCCAGAUCCGCGACGCUCGUAAGAUCAGCGGUGCCUAUGAUGUGCUGAACUUUAUCGCGUCGAUCGGGCUGCUGGUCUAUGCAAGCGUGAUCAUGCACAGGUUCCGUAAUAUCAUGUUCACCAAGAACUCCGCAGUCGUCUUGCUCGUCGCCGCCGUCCUCAACUUCAUUCGCUGGCUGUACGCCCUGGUCAUUGCCGCCCUGUUCCUCCUCGAGACCAGCCCUACGGUCUCCGCGCCCGAGUAUAUAAACAUCAUCGACGCCGUCCUCAACACGUGGAUCUUCUUCGUCGUGCUCGUCCUCCUCUUCGUCAUCGGCGUCUGGAAGCACAAGGGCCUGUGGUCUACCGCCCAGCCCUUCAUGAGCGGGCCGGCGGCCGCGCCGCCCAUGGUGUACGCGAUCCCCCAGCAGCAGUACGGCUAUGGCGCUCCCCAGCAGAUGGCCUACCAGCCGCAUGGCUACCUCCAGCCGCAGGGAUGGCAGGGACAGCCGGUGCAGCAACCCCAGCAGGCGUACACCGGCCACACCUCGGUCAGCCCAGUCGAUCAGCAGGGCACUCUGCCGCCGCAGCAGCAGCAGGUGCCUACUCCCGGCCCCGAGGGACAAGCCAACGGAUUCUACCCUCGAGAGAUGAAGGCUUGA